AUGGAGUGCGUAAUCCGGUUUGCCCAGUCGCACGAGACCUUUCGACAGGCCGAAAUCGAAGCCCUUGCCACGCUUGCUGGAGUCGAUGUCGAGUUUAUUCACUACGAUAAAUACUCACCAUUCUGCAUCGCCAAAUUCCCCAAUAUGGAGGCAGCACGCAAAGUGAUUUCUCGUAGCAUCCUUGCUCAAGACCUCUAUGAACUAUGGGGCAGAGGAAAAACCCAUGAGGAGCUUCAUGCAGAUGUACGACGCAGAACAGAACAUCGCUGGAAUGAUUACAAGGACGUGUCCUUUCGUUUCUUCAUAGACACCUUUUCGGCAAAGAGGUCACAAGUUGAAAAGAAAAAUCUCAUUGAAAGUUUCGGGUACCUUGAUUUCCAGGGGCCUAUUAAGAUGAAAAAUCCUGAUGAGGACUUUGUCAUAUUCGAGGAUUAUGUAUCGGACAUUGAAGAAAAAAAGGAUGAAGUGGAAGGGACCAACGAAGACCACACGCAACAAAAGGACCAACAGACCAAAGAGGGUAGGCGCAAAGGACUCAAAAAUGUAUACUUCGGACGCUGGAUUUGCGCCAGCAGCCGCCACAUGAUGGACAAGUACGAUUUGAAAAAGAGAAAAUACAUCUCCACGACAUCGAUGGACGCAGAACUGUCCCUAGUCACGGCAAACAUGGCACAUGCAGCUCCCGGAAAGAUAUUCUUCGACCCCUUUGUAGGAACUGGAAGUUUCUUGGUUGCCGCAGCGUACUUUGGUGCUGCGACUUUUGGGGCAGAUAUUGAUGGCAGGAGUUUCAAGGGGAGACACCAAAUCACCAAGGAGAAUCCAAUGGGGAUAUACACCAAUUUUCAACAGUACGGCACUGAAGAUAAGUUUCUGGAUGCUUUCAUGUCGGAUCUCACGAAUACGCCUAUAAGGGACACCCCGAUUCUUGAUGGUAUCAUAUGUGAUCCUCCGUAUGGGAUUCGCGAAGGGCUCAAGGUUCUGGGGUUAAGAGAUGGACGGUCAAAGGAACCCGUAUACAAAGACGGAGUCCUAGCGCAUACGCUUCCCGACUAUGUGCCUCCCAAGAAGCCAUACGGAUUCGUUACUUUGCAACACGACAUUCUGGACUUUGCUGCCCGAACUCUGGUUGUUGGAGGCCGAAUUGCUAUGUGGAUGCCCACUGCGAAUGAUCAAGACGUAGAACUCAUAAUACCAACUCAUCCAAGGCUGGAAAUCACCAAUGUUGGCGUACAGCAAUUCUCUUCCUGGUCACGCCGUCUGCUUACUUACCGGAAAUUGGCAGAAGGAAAAGUAUCUGCGGAUUCUCAGAUAAGAUCCAUCACGGAUGAUCCGAAUGGUGUUACGGCAGAUGAAUUGAACGAGUUUAGGCGAAAGUAUUUCACCCCAAAGAACAUACCAUCCGAAAAAAGCUCUAGAACGGAGCAGAUCUGAAAACCAUGCAAGAUCCAUGAUAUGAAGAAUCCACUUCAGUAGAAGUGUCUAAUAUACAGAGUCCUCCAGAAACGCAGUCUGUUACAGAGUUGUAUUACAAUCUGUAAUCCCUAUCAACAUCCAAAUCAAUACCUUCCUCCUGCUUCACCCUCUUCACUUCCCUCGCAAGCUCUUCCCUCAAUAACCUCGCAAGCUCCUCGCCCUCGUCAUCAUCCAAGUCCUCUCUACGCCCUCGGCCAAACAUCGUCCAACCGGGCGAUUGAGCUAUUGCAUCCGCAGACAGGAGUGGUGGUCUGGGGAUGAUAUGG